CACUUAAGCGGCGGCGCUCCGGCCGCGGCGGGGUCGUGUCAAGAUGUCGGCGGCGGUGCCGGAGCUGAAGCAGAUCAGCCGGGUGGAGGCCAUGCGCCUGGGGCCGGGCUGGAGCCACUCGUGCCACGCCAUGCUGUACGCCGCCAACCCCGGGCAGCUGUUCGGCCGCAUCCCCAUGCGCUUCUCGGUGCUGAUGCAGAUGCGCUUCGACGGGCUGCUGGUUCCCGGGGGCUUCGUGGACCGGCGCUUCUGGUCUCUGGAGGACGGUCUGAACCGGGUGCUGGGCCUGGGCCUGGGCUGCCUGCGCCUCACCGAGGCCGACUACCUGAGCUCCCACCUGACCGAGGGCCCGCACCGCGUCGUGGCGCACCUGUACGCACGGCAGCUGACGCUGGAGCAGCUGCACGCCGUGGAGAUCAGCGCGGUGCACUCGCGCGACCACGGCCUGGAGGUGCUGGGGCUUGUGCGAGUCCCCCUUUACACCCAGAAGGACCGAGUCGGUGGCUUUCCCAACUUCCUGAGCAACGCCUUUACCAGCACCGCCAAGUACCAGCUGCUCUUCGCUCUCAAGGUGCUCAACAUGAUGCCUGAGGAGAAGCUGGCUGAGGCCUUGGCUGCUGCCACCGAGAAGCAGAAGAAAGCCCUGGAGAAGCUCCUCCCAUCUUCCUCCUGAGCACAGUCUGCAGGCAGCUCCAGGACAUGGGAAGCACUGGCCGAGUGUGGAGAAUGACAUCAGCAGAGCCGCCACGGACAGGAAGGUCAGCACUGGCAGUCUCUCUCCUGUGGCCCUAUAUGUCUGGAAAGACUCCUCUGUGAAGCUAACAGAGUUUCCACAAUACCUGCUUGGCCUGGUAAGGAAAGCUGUGCUCUGGCCCUGCCUGAGCGUCUGUUCCACCUUAGAGCCUCGAUGAAGUGGCCAGCACGUGCGGGCAAAGGCGCUUCAUUCUGUAAAUAAAACAGCUGUACCUUG